CAGAUUUUGGGGCAAUAGAGCAACAGCGUCAAAUAUCGUCAAGCAUGAAAACUUUCGCGGAAAGUUUACUUGCCUUGAUUCUUGCUGCUGCUUCAACCUCUAAAGGACAGUUUUCAGAAAAUCGACUCUGCUGGAAUCCGACGAUGAGUGACACUUAUCGAAGAAUUUUUCUCAAUUUUCACAACGAGAAACGUCUCAAUGUUGCACUUGGCCGCGAGCCGAAUUUGAAUGGAAUGCUCAAUUCGGCAAGAGAGAUGUAUUUUCUAGGGUGGGACUGUGACUUGGAGAACAAAGCGCAGAUCGCAACCGAUUGCUCAGGCUUUGUUCCACGUUUCCCCAACAUUGCGGUGAACCACAUGAAAACGGAAUACCCUGUCCCCACCACUGAUAUAACUCUUAUCAUACACGAGACUCUUGAGCAGUGGUGGGCCAAAGGAAGGAUCGUUGGCGUCGACUCGAACAACAUAUAUCACAGUUCUAUGGAAAGUUUUGGCAAGAUGGUCUUUUCUGAUACAACUAAAUUGGGUUGCUCUUAUCGAAUAUGCUCCAACGAAGAAAAAGCUUGGAUAAACUUUAUUUGUCUCUACAAUGCAGCCCCUCGUAAAAAUGAACCGCUGUGGGAAACAGGGGAACCUUGUACAGCCGACGUAGCCUGCACUUAUCCCAGGUCCCUCUGUGUUGGUGGAAUGUGCGUCAUUGGAGACGCUGAAGAUGACAACAGUAACAACAUGUGUUCUAACAGCCCUGGGAUGACAGACUCUAUAAGACAGACCUUCCUUAAUGUUCAUAACUUGUAUAGAUCGAGGAUUGCUCGUGGACUGGAAAAAACCGCUGCGGGUAAUAAAGCACCUACAGCCCGCAGAAUGUAUAGAUUGAACUGGAACUGUGAAUUGGAGAAAAGGGCGAUGGAUAGUGCGAGAAAAUGCAACUACGGCAUGGCUGAACAACCAAAGGAGAGUCUUUUCUUUUCAAAGAAGAUAACUGGAAAACUCACUAAUUUGGACAAAAUGAGAGCAGCGAAGAAGGCUUGUCGGAUGUUUUGGGACCAAUUACGACAACGCGCUUUUGUACGUGUCAAUUUUUGGAGCGACUCAUAUCGAAAUUAUGCCAACAUGGCUAUCGGAGGAAAUAAACACCUAGGAUGCGCAAUAUACAGCUGUUCCACUUUUACGGUGAUUUCCUGUCAUUAUUUCUAUAAGAAAAGGAUUUUUGAAACGGAGACAGUACCACUUUACGAAGUUGGCAAUCCAUGUGACAGUUGUUUAAGCACUUGCAAAGAUGGAUUAUGCCCUUAGUAAUCUAACUCGAUGGAAACUCCCGUACAAUCAUGCAUUUUCAUUUUCUGAGCUAUGUUGCAAAAAAAAUCUUGUUCGCGAAAAUGUCUUUUCCAAAGUACUUCUUUGAAAAACGAGUUCUUCGAAAUCGCUGAUAUAGACAAGAAUUUUGAAUAUGUGAUGUAUAAAUCUUGAAUGAUUGAUGCAAAAGUAAUAAGCUUAUCUUAAACUACAGUCGCACUGUGAAUAUAAAAUAUGUAUGGGGC